AUACGUCAAAUACCAAUUAAAAUAUACAUCCUCUAUUAGUUUAGGUGAGUUAUUCUAAAAUUUUAAAAUAUUACUUAGUACUUUCUGAAUUAAGUAACUACAAUAAAAAACAAAUUUCAAUUAAAUCAUUUACUAAUUUAAUAAGGUAAUUUAUAAUGAUUUCAGUUUCCUAAUGAAAAGAUACAGUCUUUCAAAUUAAUUGGGAUUCCUGAUAGAUAUAUGAUUUUGUAAACAUAUCUGAACUUUUAGGGAAGACAUCACAUAGAGUUUAUCUUUGAUAUAACAAGAUGGUCGAACUAGAUCUUCACCGAAUAGCUGAAAUCUAAUCUCUUAUACCACUUAAAACGAUCAGACCUAUUACUGUCAUUCUGUCAAAAAGACGAAAAGAUCGCAACAUAGAAAUUACAAAUAGCAAAUUUGCAUAAAAAUAUUAACACAAGCGAGAUGUUAUCCAGUUGAUGUGCAAACUGCAACCCUACGUGUACCCAAGACUCCUCUAAAUUUACUAAACACAUAUGGUUAAUCGUGGCUGUUACAUUUUACUUCUCUCAUCCAACAACUCGCUAGAAUAUCACAUUCAUUCACUAGAGAACUCAUGAGUGAACAGGGUAAGCAAAGAAGUGGGUUGCAGUUGGAUCGAGGUGAAGAUCAGUGCCAUGCUUUUGUUGUGUGAGAUACGAUACAAUGCAUCCAAGGAUUGAAGAGCUAAAAGACUUGGAUAGCUUAGUGAUGAAUAGAUGGAUGAUGGAAGAAGGAUUCACACAUGUGUUGGAUUCUUCUUAACACAAUUAAGUAUUUCAUAAUAAUAGUAACAAUUAAUUAUAAUUCUUCUUAAUAUUAGAUAAUUAAGACAUUACCUAGUCAAAAACACUCCCUAGUUCUACGGCCAAUAUUGUGCAAUUUCUUUGGACAACAUUUAUUUACAUCUCCCAUAAGUAAAUCACUUGUUUAUUCUUUCUAAAAUUAAUCAAGAAGGAAAUAAAGUUAACCUUAAUUUAUUCAAGAAACAUGUCAAAGACACCAACAGAGAAACAAGAGUUACCACUAGAAACGAGUCCUUACACAAAGUACGAGGAUAUUGAAGAUUACAAGAAGAACGCUUAUGGAACUUCUGGUCACCAGGAAGUUAAGCCUGGCCAAGGCGGUGGCGCAACAGACGCACCGACACUCUCAGGCAGUGCUCCUCCCUCCGCUAUAGAUUCAGCUAACCAACAAGCUAAGAAGUGAAUCACACAUUAUCACAAAACAAAUUAACAUGUUCCCUUGCUUUUUUAUUUGAUGCUUUUGCGGUAAUUGAUUUGUUUUUUUUCCUAUAUGUUGUUAUGAUCCAAUCUAAUCAAUUGAUCAAUGCUUAAGUCUACGAGAAAUUUGAUCAUCUUCCGACAUAUUAUACGCCAAACGUAUAAAAAAUAUUAGAUAAAGAAUAAAUAACAUGUGUUCCAAUUCCUAACGCUGAAUAUUUUGAUUAGUUUCAUCUUUUUAGCACACAACUUGGAAUGACCGACUGAUUCCUAGCAAAUUAUAGUGUGUAUAAAUUAACUUGAAGUCAAUUCCAUAACCACCAGCAAUUUGAAAAGCAUGCCAUUAGUUGUAGCAAUAAGCAUCUUCAUAAACUUGAUCAAGUUUGAACAAUAAACAUUAUAAAGAUCACAAAAUAUGAAAAUACUCUAAAACUAGUAUAAAAAUUACCAUAAAAAUAGCAUAUAAAAGACGAAUAACCAAAAUAACUUUUAUUAAAAACUAGUGUUGAAAGUGACCUAACCAACAUUUUAAUUAAGCUACUAAAUAUAACACCACCACCUUCAUAAGGAUACAUAACAAUUCUUAUUUGAUUUUAAAUAGAAAGGACAUAUCAAAAUAUCAACAAUCAAAAAGAACAUCCAAC